AUGCCUUCGAAAAGACCGGCGAUUAGCCAUGCCUCUACACGCUCUCUCCCUCCACCCGAAUCACGGCCGCAACCUCCGCUCCCACCACCUACGGGCUUCCUACCGGCGGAUCAAUGGAGGUUCAUCCAGGAAUUUUACAACGCCUUGGAUGAGGUCAAAAUGGAGUCCUGUCUUCGGUGUCGAGAACGGCGGUUUGCGAUGAAUUCGAGGAACGAGAUCUGCCACGCCUGUUUCUUGAGAGAUAAGGGUUCCCAGUCUCCUUUUCUGAUGUCUACGGAUAACGAAAUGGAUCCAGGCGAGAUUCCAGCCCAUUUACCGGCCUUGACCCAAGUGGAAGAGAUGAUUAUUGCCCGUUCCCAUGUGCAUAUAUGGGGCGCCGCAGCCAGUGAAAAGCUUCAGCCACACAAGUUCAAUUACAGAAGAGUUUGA